UCUCAAAUGUUCUUGCUUUAAAUAAAAUAAAUAUACAGAUACUACAUGAAAGUUUACAAAUACAUUCUGGGACUUCACUUCCACGCCGCAAAAAAAGGAGCUCGGAGGCGCAUAGACUUAAGAGGAGACAGGAGAGAAUUAAGAUAAGGAGGAGACACAGGAGAAUAUGUCCUCGAACCCUGAAGCAGCUCGACUCCAAGUCAUUCAGAGCCACUUGUCUCAGCAGUCUAAUAUUGUAUCACCAACUACUGUAGGAACUUCAAUGGCAGGCAAUCCACUAACCAGUCAUGUGUUGGACACAGCAACAGGCCGGCCAGCAGCUAACAUGAAAUUAUCACUACACAGGCUUCAAAAUGCAGUUUGGGAAGAAAUAGCCAUUAAGGCAACAAACAGUGAUGGUCGUGCAGGGCAAUUCCUCUCCCAAGAGGCCUUUACUCCUGGGACCUACAAGAUGUUCUUUGACACUGGCGAUUAUUUCAGGCAGCAAGGAACCACAGGAUUCUACCCAUAUGUGGAGAUUGUAUUUGUUAUUGAAAAGCCGGAAGAACAUUACCAUAUUCCUCUUCUCUUAAGUCCGUAUGGAUACUCUACCUACAGAGGCAGCUAAAUGCUAUUUUUCCUGAUUCACACCCAAUAGGACACCUAAAGAUUACUGCAGAGAUUACCUGAGUCAUGCUGGAUGGUUGAAUAUUGUGGUUCUAAAACAGUAUCAGUUAUUUUGUCUCAUUUAUUUUGUCUUAUUUUGUUAAUCUAUUUUGAGCAUUUAUUUACUGAUAUAACUAAUAAAAUUCCCUAUCUUUAAUUAAAAUACAUUUAGGGCAAGUUCUACAUUUUAAUGCAAAAUACUAGCUCAAGGAAAGAAGAUUUUGUUAAUAUGAUAUUUUAAUACAUUAUUGUUUUUCUCUAAAGAAAGGUAAAUACUAUAUUAUUUCAUACACUUAUGGUUAUGUAGAAACUAUCAAGGGAAUAUUACUUUUAUUAGCAGAAUAUGGAAGAGAUCAGUUAAGUGGAGAAAUGAGAAUGUUUUGAAGUGGUGGAGAAUUAAUUUCCUUACUAUUAUAGAUGGUACUAAAGACCGCUGUAGUUCAGAAUAAGUUCAUGUUGAACACUGUAGAAUAGAUGUAUGAUAAGGACUAAUAUAUGGUAUGACCUGGCAGAUGAUAGAUGUAAUCCAAAAUGAUUUCACGUUGAUAUGACUUAAACUACCUGUAGAACAGGUAGUUUAAGUCCUAAUUUAUGAUAUGUCUUGGCUUAUGAUAUUUUGAUAUCAGUCACUAAAGCCUAUGAAUGCACUACUACAGUCAGGUAGGAGCUUUAUACAUUGCAUCUUAUGUGUAAAUGUUGAUUUUUAUUCUAUGACCUUGGUAAUGCAAAACUUAUGGCAUAUAAGAUAUAUAUAUAAGAAUGUUGUUUUGCCUGUCAUGAGUUGGUGCUAGAAAAAAGUGCUGGCAUGCCGUGGUUUGUUUUUCAAGUAAUACAACUUUAAUUUAUAAGAAAAAGAAAAGUAAGACCUAUUUUAUGUUCGUACGAUUGAUCCGUGAUAUCACUAUUACAGUCCAUUAUGAACUUGCAAGGAUAACAUGUGCUUCUGCCCUUAAGACAUUUAUAUUUGUAAAAAGUGUUUAUUCAAAGGAUACAUGGAAAGAGAAUUCUUACAUUCGAAUCCAAGGACUAAGUUCUGUAUUUCCUAUGUUAUAAUUUUCUCAUUACAAUAAUUUUGAUGAACAAAUUUUCUGCAGACUACGUUAUUCAUGCUAAUCAAGGAAGAUGGAUUCAGUAAAAUCUGAGGUAAAAAAGUGAUGAAGUAACAGAGGUUAUUAUUGACUAUGACUUUUUAAGUUAUAUACUACAGUAACUGUCACAAUAGAUGCUCAUAAGGCAUACCAUUUUGUAAUUUUGUCUCAAAUUAAUUUGUCAGGAUAAGUGUAAUGAUGGUGAAAGAAUUUGUCAGGUUUAGGAUAAUGAUGGUGAAAGAAUUUGUCAGGUUUAGGGUAAUGAUGGUGAAAGAAUGAUUGUGAUUGUUUUCAUACACACUCAUUUGCCAAAUCUGAUGUUUUGUUGAUCAAAGACAACGUAAGGUUAAAUUUUUCAAGCUUUUGUUCAUCAGUAAAAUCUUUUCUCUCAUUCAUUAUCAUUAUCUGUGGUGUUCUACUAUGCCAGAAUGAUUCUGUGAUACUUUGCAAACAGUGCAGUUGUUAAUAAUGAUAAAGUCUAUUAUAUUACCAGUAGAUAGAACAAAUAAAUCAAAAGUCAGAUGUUGUAAAUCGUAAAUAUUUUGAACCAAUUUUUUGUUUUUUGGUUCAUACAUCAGCUGACCUGUUUUAUGACUAAUCUUUUACUUAAAAAUCAUUUCAUAUUAAUGAUGGGAUACUUAGAAUAUUAACUAAUACACUAAUACCCAAAUAAAUUUCUAAUGAUUCAAAA